UUGGAAAAGAUAGCAAGCGGGAGUCCCGGCAUUUUUGUCGCGUGCAGAAGAGAAAUAUAUUUUUGCCACAAUUUAAUUUAAUAAAGUGAGAAUUACUGUUGACAAACAAGGCAAUGGACAGUCCCUUCCAGCCCCGACGUGGCGGAUUGCUGCGUCCGCCUUUGAACAGUUCGGGACACAAUCAGACACACAACCUGUCGAUUACGCUGCUGCCGGAGGAGGAGGAGAUGCUCAAAAACAGCAGCGCCGGAGCCCUGGGACUCUUGAAUCGUCUGCAGAAUCGCACAGGGAAUGUGCAUGAUGUGAGCAGCGUGAGUGGAAAUACAUCAGUUAUGCUGGACGACAUGGACGAUGCGGAUCGUGGACGGGGCAAGGUGGACACUCUGUUUGCCCAUUUCCAUGAGGUGCUCCAGUCGCACAGCAACAGCAACGAGACGCUCGAUGUGGUGCAACAGUUGGGACAGGCCUGUCGUCAGGUUGUGGAGCAACUGGAGCUGGAGAUUGAACGUGGCGUGGGCGGCAGUCUAGGCGCCAAGCAGCGCGAGACGAGCGUCAACUGGUUAAAGCAGGAGAUUAACACCUGGCGCCUCCUGCACGCUCUCUACUACGACCGGCUGUUGCUGCAGACGGACACCCAAGCGGAUGAUGAGAUGCAGGAUGGACCCAUGCUGGGAGGCAGCGAGAAGGAGGUCAUCCAGCAGCUGUAUUCGAUUAAUUCGCAUCUGCGGGAAUAUCAGCUGGUGGUGGACUGGCUGGAGCAGUGCUAUGACCAGCAGGAGCAGGCGAAUGCCCUGCAGAGUCACGAUCGAAUGAUGGCCUGGGAGAAUACCCUCUUUCAGCUGGAGAACUUGCAGGGUGCGGCCUUUGGACGUGGUCGAGAGAUUUGCAAGCAACUCGAUCCGGAUGCUCCAGUGCGCGAACAAAAACCGCUCCACGCCCUCGACAUGGAGGAUAACAUGCGCCUGAGUCGAGCUAUCUUUGCCGCCAUACGCAAUGGACAGAUCGACGAGGCGUUGAAGCUCUGUAAGCACUACGGACAGACGUGGCGGGCAGCUAUCCUGGAGGGCUGGCGUCUGCACGAGGAUCCCAAUUUUGAGCAGCAUGUCAGCGGUCAGACGGAGAACGAGAAGCUGCCCAUUGAGGGGAAUCCUCGUCGCGAUAUCUGGAAACGUUGCGCCUGGUUGCUGGCGGAUUCCAAGAAAUAUGAUGAAUAUACUCGUGCCACGGCGGGCAUAUUCUGUGGCCAUUUGGGUGCACUCAAGUCCCUGCUGCACAACAACUGGCACGACCUGCUCUGGGCGUAUGUAAAGGUGCAGAUCGACAUUAGAGUGGAGAGCGAGAUUCGAGGAUGUUGCCUGAAGCGAUUUCAACCCAUGCCGGAGGAGUAUUGGAAUGGCAAGAUGACGCUGGAGCAGAUCUUUGAUGAGCUGAGCGUGGCCAAGGACUUGGCUGUGCGGGAUUAUGCCCAGAGUCAACUGGGUGUCAUCCAGCAGCAUCUCAUCCUGGACACCAGUGGUGAACUGUUGCAGCACAUGUGUCGCUGGCUGGACACUGCUCCCAAGGAGUCUCAGCUGCCACCACAUCAACUCCGUUUCAUGGCGCACAUUGUGCUAUUUAUGCGACAGAUUGGACGCAUCGAGCAUCAGACGCAGCAGCAGCAGGCGGAACGCAUCAUUGCCGCCUACGUGGAGGCGUUAAUCCAACGUGGCGAACCUCAAGCCAUAGCCUAUUAUGCCGCCGGUUUGCCCAACAAGCUGCAGGUGCAGCUUUACGCCAAGUUCCUCACACAGACCGAUGAGAAGCGAGCACGAGAGUUGGCCCUGGAAGCGGCGCUCCAAGCUGGUCUUGAUGUGGAGCAGAUCACACGGAAUACCGUGGAGAGCAUUCGCCUGGGAAGCAGUGCACCCAGCACACUAGGGGAACCACACACGGGGGAGAUUUCAGCCGUGGACAAGCGCAAGAUUCAGUCACUGGAAUAUCUCAUCCAUCUGGUCGAGCAGCGAGGUGAGCUUCUCUGGCAGGCUAACGCCAUGAUGCGUCAAUAUCUGGCCAGCAAUAAGAUCGAGUGUGUGCGCCAAGUGUUUGCCAUGGUGCCGGGCGAUGUGAUCAACCAGCUGGUCAAGAUUUACGGCGCCCUCGACAAUUUGCCGCCACGUGAGGAAUGCAGCCUCAAGGAGUAUCUCUGCUACAACGUCUACCUCUCCGGCGUGGACAGCUUCAAUGAAUGGACACGUCUGCAGCAGACGCGACCUCAGGCACCACAACAGAGCACCUCACAGAAAUCCGGCCAGAGCCAGGAUAACUUCACGGAACGCAUGAAUGCGGAGCACAAGCAGCAAACCUAUCGCACCGAAUUGUCCCGCUGGGAGCAGAAGGUCAAGGAGCAAGCAAAGGCCACCACGGAUGCACUGUUCAAUGUGCUGCUGUUUCCGGAAAAGGGUUGGCUCAACGAUCCCUUCAUUGCCAAGGAACCCGAGAAUGCGACACUGUUGCACUGGGAGAAUCGACAGCUGCAAAUGGAGAAGCUGCGUUCCAUUUGCCUGCCAGAGAUUGCGCUCCUUCUGCACGAGGUCAUGCUCAAAUCGGGCGAUUACGCCGGAUGCGUUCGCCUGGCGGAUGAGAUUUCCGAUGAGCGGCGUCAGUUGUACAAGGUGUACACCAAACACAAGCUGGCCGAGCUGCUCACCAAGAUAGCAGAUGCCUCAUUGCUGCUGCUCAACAAUAAGCUGGAUCCCUGGGGUUAUCCCAUCACAGCAUAAUUGCUUAUUACAUUUUUAUUAUUAUUAAAAAAUUAACUAUAAACAAAAUAUACUUUAAUAGAACUACA